AUGGGUCAUCCAGGCCAAGUAAAAAUUAUUUUCAACAAGGGACAAGUUUUACAAUACUACAAUCAUUUUGCGCAUUGGACAGUUCUAGGCUAUCAACUCGUUUCCGAUAUUCGUAAAUUAAUUUCCAAACAUCAAACCGAUGAACAUUCACCCUCUUCCGCUAUUCCACAAAUUGUUGAUUUGUUGAAGCGGAUUAAAGUAGUCACUGAAUCAUCAACUCCAACCACGGAUGAGAUUGAAAAACUGAAAAAAUAUGCUGAUUUGCGUGUAUCGAGAAGAAGUUACGAGGAUUGGUAUUGUCUUCUUAACAAGACCUUUGAUUCGCUGAUUUCUGUUCUUGACUGUGGUUACGUACUGGACCAUCCUUACUCGCAAGAAUUUAAUUAUACCAUUGAUUUUGACCAUGACUUGUUUAAGAUAGAAGCAAAGUAUGAACAGUUGAAUGAUAUUGCGUUUAAAUUGACAAACAUACCCGAAGAUUGGAUGUCACAAAUGGAGUAUCGAGAAGUUAACGUAAGAAUACAGUAA